AUGUCUUCGCCUACUUCCUCCUAUGUCUUUGACGAUCAAAACAUGACCUGGAUCACCUGUGACCUAUGCGCAGGCUCUUUCCAGCGUGGAGCGGAUGUCAUGGAACCAAACUCCGCAGAGUAUCUUACAGUUAUCUUGCUACGGGAGCAUCGCCACCUCGAGUACAAGGAGGCACUGCUCCACCACCACCUCCUCCUUCAAAGGAUGACAAACCUGAUCACUCUCACGGGAACUCAGGUGGUUUCAGCGUCUACAGCCGUCGCGGCUGAUGAGCUUGACUUGUGGCAAGGCUAA